AUCAGAUUUAAAAGAUCUAGAAUAACAUGUCAUUUAUUCACGCACCACUUAAGUUUUAACUGAUACAAACAAAGAGAAACAGUCUGCUUCCACAAGAGGGCAGCAAAACAUCAGACUAUUUCACACACACAGCAGGACAAGGUUGUGUCUCAGGCAUUUAUCUUUGCCUUUGAGGUGUUAGUGUCUGAAAGUUUUAAGGGUUGUUAAACAAAAUGAUGAUGAUGAUUUACUGACUCGACCUUACUAAUUGCUGUCCUGCCUGUUGAACUAGUGGUUUGUGUUUUUGUGUUUACAUUAGGUCAAACUAAAGCUUUUGUGACCAUGAGUCAGGGCCUUGUGGAAUAUUUUAAACAUUCAUGACUUCAGGCAGGUCAGGUGUCAUGUAACUUUGUGAAGACACAAACACAGAAAAAGAGAUGUGAGAGCCACUGUUGUUUUCAUUUGCGUGUGGUGGAUUACAGAAAAAGCUGAAGUUGACUGUACUGUGGCCUUAAGUGCAUGUGACAUAGUAGCAGCUCCUUACAACAAACAGCUUCCUGCUGCUGAUUGAAUUAAUGUGACAGCUUCUGAUGGUUUGUCUACUCAAAAAAAUGUUUUUGCUGUAAAGGGUGACUGCUGCUUUUGAAUCUAAAUUUAACAUGUCAGUUUGCUAGCUUUGGUUUAGCAACCAUGUCAUUUUGAUACUGACGCUGUGGGGGUGGUGCCAGACUUUAUAUAUAGGACUCUCAGGACAAUUCUACAGCCAAGUCUGACCUCAGCUUAAUAAAUAAAGGCUAAUCACUGAAGUUAAUAGAUGUUUAAGUGCUCUAUCCCUAAAAGGACAGGUUCCAUUGUUUUCCGAGACUAUUGUGAGACAACUCACAUGUCCAUUUGUAUAGUGAAAGAGUUACUGGCCAUACUGGCCUUUGAUCCCUGCCUAACCCAGUAAGUGAGAUGGGAGUCCUCAGGAAGUUAAAAUGAAGUUUGAGUUAGACAAAUCAAAGUGACUUCUUCCUAAGCAACAGUUGCAGUAAGGUGUGUUUGUGUUUGUGUUUGUGUGUGUGUGUGUGUGUGUGUGUUUCCUCACUGAGCUGUGGUAAACAGAUGCUUCCCGGCAGUCUGCAUGAAUGUUUGAGUUCCUCACCCUUGUAAAGUCCAACAUAACUAUUCCUUCAUGCAAAUGUCUGUUUGAGUCUGCAUCCGGCAGUUUCAGCAGCACAUAAAUGUGUUGGGCACACGUGUGACUACCAGGAAGUAUCCCUCGGCUCUGAAACUUCCUUCUAUCAACUUCUCUUGUCCAACUCGACUUCUGAAGUCUCAUGUUUGUGUCAUUUUGAUUCCUUCUCAGACGGAGGACAAUGAACUUUGACCACAUUUUCUCAUGGUGGGCUGCUGGUUCUGGCACAGAUAUGCAAUCUUCUUAUCUGACUCAAAAAUAGCCUAAGAGAUGUGAGAUUAAGGGUCUUCGAGUUGGUAUUAAGGCAUGCAUGUAAGGGUUUUGGGGGGUUUUUAAGGGUGUUUUUUAAGGUCCGGUCCGGGAAAGCACACAUUACUGUUACUUCUCAUUACAUGUGAUCAUAACACGGGAGCUUUUUUAAGAGGCGACAGUCCACAAACUAAAGUGAUAAAUAGAAAGUAGUAAAGCAGCGCAACAACAAAAAACACAAAGAAGGAGAGAGAGAGAGAGAGAGAGAGAGAGAGACAGAGAGAGAGGGACUUCCACCUGGUCUCUCUUCUCGAAACAUGGAAAGCAUAUCAUGUAAACGUGUUAGGGAAACCACCACAGCAACCACAGUUUUUUCUCUUUACUCUGAAACCUUUCCUUUGCGUCACUUCAGAACUUUAGACAGCAGAUAGUGUCGUCUUCGAAUGGGAACAACGGUUUUCAGUACAGUCUGAAUGAGUCUACAGAGAUGAAAACAAGUCAUCAUUCAAUCCGAGCGAACGUGACGGUCACAUAACAGAAGAGGUCCACACAGAAGGACGCUGUGAAGGACGGGGUGGCGGUUUACCAUUUCCUAUGAGAGGAACACUUAUAUGUCUGAUGUUCUUUCACCGAGCGUCCGACGGAAUGAAAGUGGUGCUUUGAGGCACAUCAAGAGCAGCUUCAUCCACAGGAUGACAAGGAGGAGGAAACAGUGAGAAGCCAGAUCAGUCUAUUGAAAACCCUCCUCUCUGAGUCAUCUGUGAACCACCCAUCCCACUGGUUUGAGAUUUCCGAAAAGGGAUUGAUGACACACAUAAAUGGAGAGAAAUAAGAAAACUCAUCUUCUGUUCCUUCUUCUUGCUCUUCAUUUGUGUGACACUGCAGUCUUCCAGGAGAGCUGUCCCAGUAUCACAGAUAAAAAUAUCAUAUGCUACACUGACUACAAUCACACCAUCUCCUGUGUGUGGAACAGUACACAUGGGUCUGACCGUGGAGACACCGAGUGUACAUUACACGCCAAAAGCUUAAAUAUUGGAUAUGGAUACAACAGUUCCUGCAAGCUGGAGCCUGUUGACAUCUACAGACCAAUGAUGAAGAAGUGCUCUAUGACCUUCAAAACAAAGUGGAUUGUGAGUUUUCAGUCCUUCCACGAGUUGAAAAUUGAUCUGAGUUGUAACGAUGCGAAGCAAAAUUUGAACUUCCUGUACAAGCCAGCUUGUCACAUAAAGCUGAAUCCUCCGCCAGUACCGAAUAUCAACUUCACCACCAUUUCCUGGCUCACUCAAGACCCCAAUCAUAGAAGAAUCACAGAAUUCGCUUCUCAACUACAGUGGAAGAAAAUGGAUCAGUCAUGGAGUGAUCCCCGUGUUAACAAGACAUGUAAAGAGAAAUGCGAAACAAAGCUGGACCCAGAUGAUCUGAUAGAAGGCGAAAGGUACGAGGCACGCGUUCGAGUGAAAGAGAAUAAAUAUGUGUCAACCUGGAGUGACUGGAGCCCCACUGCAUCAUGGGUGUCACUCAUCGGAAGACAAAAAUCAUCAGCAACACCAUCUCCACCACCACCACCACCACCACUAGGUAUUGUCGGGGGUGUUUUGGGCAGCAUAGCGUGUACCGUAAUGUUGGCCUUCUUGCUCAUAAUCUUUAGGACUGACAAAACCUGGAUUUACAUAGUAAAAAGAAUCAGAGGCCCCCCCCUGCCGAAUCCCGGAAAGUCUUUCCUGCAGAAUGUGACUUUCCAGAGUCCUCACUUUACCAAAGAAUCCUUUCAUUCUUUCUUGAAUCCGGUGGAGAUCGUCCCUGUAGAGGUAACCUCCACUCUGGAUGGUGUUGCACCCAUUGGGUUGGAGGCAACACUGCUGGAGAAGAUGAGAAGCGAAAGCAGCCACGACUCGACCAGUUCCAGCUUCACCAAUCCCAUUUACUCCCAGCUGUCUCCUCCUGCUCCUGUCUUGACGUUCACUGUGGGAAAUCUGGAGGCCUGUGUCGCUGAUACACCUUACGGACCAGUUGGCUGUCAGUGUGAAGAUAAAAAUGCAGAACAGGAUAUGGGUGAAGUAAGAGGGAAAGAAGUGGAGAUCCUACAGUUGUUCUCCAAAUGCAGCAACAACAGCAAGCCUACGCCAGUAAUUUCAGACUACGAAAAGGUUGAGAAGCCCCAGGUUGAGCGCUUUAGGCUCCAGAGUCUAGAUUCAGGUGUGUGCAGUGGAGAGGAGGUCAGUCAAGAGAGUCUGGAGGCCGAUAGCAUCAAUGUAACUGAUUGCAAUGAUGAGGAGCCUGAAAUAAAAGAGGAGAAGGAGGGAGGGAAUGGAAAAGAAAUAGAUUUUAAGAAACUGUUUGGAACCGCUGGACGUAUUUUUGACAGUGGGUCCAUUCAGGUUUGUUCUGGCUAUGAGCAAGUCCAGAAGUUGCCGGCUGACAGCCCAGAGCUCCCUAGCCUGGAUUCGGGUAUUAGCAGCGGGGGCGAGGAGCAAGUGAGUCAGGAGAGCCUAGAGGACGUCGAUAAGUCCACUGAAUCCACUAGCCUCCUGUUUCCUCCUCCCCCUGCUCCUUUCAGCACGGCUUGCUCCUUGUCCUCUUUCACACCACUGCCUUUCAACUUCUUUGGGGCAGGUUUAGGUUCAGCUCAAAGUCACGUACUAGAGAGGAUUGCUCAAAUGUCAACUAACAGGUCAAUGGAGCCCUCUGGUGAUGGAUAUAUGCCAGCAAGACAGUAACAUAGCUAAAAAUAGACAUAUUGUAAAUACCUUCAGUAAUGCUGCACAGUACAUAACUUAGCAUGUGCAGGGUUCUUGACAGCCUGACAGUCUGAGUCUGUUAUUCUCAGUGUGUAUUUUUUUUUUUUUUAAAGAAAAAAGGGAUUCAAUUCUCAAAGAUCAAUUGAUAUUGGUGAAUGUAUUUAUUUUUAUGCAUUGUCUUAUUAUGUGCAUCAUAAGUAUUUAUUAUUAUUAUAAGGAGCCCCGGGAUUUUUUGUUUUAAUUACAUGCGUCAUUACUGCUUGCCUUCCCUUGACAGUUUCCAGUGGCUGAUGACAUUUUCGCAGGACGUUGUCGCAGCACACGUGGAUAUAAGGCUCAAAUCAUGCUCAGUGAAAGUAUCCUGUCUAUCGUGUUUAUUUUUUGCUGUGGAUUGUAUAGACCAAUGCAUGCAUUUAUUUGGUACACUGACAUUUUAAUUCUGUUUAGAGAUAUCCCUUUUUGUUUAAAGGAUCAGGCUGGAUUAUUAUUUGCUCAAGUUGACUCUAUGAAGAAGGAGUGAAAGAGACCCUACAAUAUUUUUUAGACUUUUGGCCAUCAUGUAAUGUAGGUUUUUGGGUUAGGGAAAAAUCUCAAGGAGGUGUGUCAUUUUGUAGUCUGCUAGACUGCAGAUGGGAACUUAAAGAGACGACACCUGCUGCUGAACAAAUGGUCUGUUGAGAUAGGCCCAGACUUCACACAAGACAGUAGCUUAGCAUAGAUAAAAGGGAGGAUGUAAAGAAGAUACAGCGUGUCACUGACCAAAACAUUUAUCUCUAGUGCCAGCAGUGGUCAAAAACUCCUAGAUAAUGGUAUUGGAGAUAUGUAAAAUAUGCACCUACAGAACAAACACUGAUUUAUAGUUGAAUGGCAGCUACUUUAGAAACUGAUAAGAUGAAUAUGUUGUUGACCUCUGUAAAAUCUAUUUUAAAACUUGUUAUUUUUUAUUUGGAACCAUGUUAUCUGUUGUUGUUUUAAGAAAAUACAUUUUUACAACCAAGAACAAAACAGAAGAGCACCACUCACUUGACAUAUCACUUGUAUGUUGUUGUUAUUAUUAUCGCUGCACACUGUAUGCAAUGAGUAAUGAGUAACUCAAAUGUAUGAGAUUCUCUAAUAAAAUGUGAUGUAACUGUAAUCUCUAUCAAAAUAAAUGUGAAGCAAAUGAA